AUGUCCAAGGACACCACAUUCACAUGUCUAACAUGUUCAGAAACUCACGGCAAGGACCUGAUUCUGAAACAUCUAUCCACCACUAGACACAAGAAUGUCAGAAUAAACGAACUCGACGAGACUAUAGAGUGUGAACAAUGUGAAGACUCAAAUAUUCACCAGUUGUCCAUCCUCAGGUAUGGAUUCACGGAUAUGUCCCUUUUAUGUCAGCAAUGUCUGGAAAAGGAAAAGACUGAAAAUAAUGAAACUCCAAGUGCGACAUACACUCUCUCCAAUGGUGCCUUUUUCCUAAAACUAGACCAAUAUUUGAAGUUCAGAGAUUUAGAAUGUAGGAACUGUCACAGUGAUGAGAACUUGUUCGUGGGGAACGACAAAAACGGAACUCAAUAUGUCGCUUGUAAAGCCUGUAUGAUUAACUACGAUGUAAAAUUUGUAGGUGAAGAUGAUGAUACUUUUUUAUCGGUAUUGCUUGGAAUCAAAGAAGUACCCAAGAAUUUGAAAAGAUCAAACAGGGGAAGAAAGGGCAAGUUUGGUAAGGGAAAGAAAAGAGGCAAACGAGGUCGAAGAGAACGGAAACCUGAUCCUGAAGCAGAAGAAAGACGUGCUCAUUAUAUGGCAACUAAAGAAUUGGCAAGUUCAAUUAAAUCAGGAACUACAGUCAAGGCAAUUGGGUCGGCUCUUAUUGGAAAGCAAGCACAAAAAGACCAUGUUUCAAAAUUCGGCAAUUUUCUGAAAGGAAAAGGAUCUCCGCAAGGAAGGAAGACUCCAAGCAGAGGUAGUCCUGCUCAUAGUGGCAGACAUACCCCAGUGGGAAAAAGCCCUGUCAAUAGUGGCAAGCUGACUCCUGCUAGAAGUCACACUCCAGUCAGCGAGGAGAGAGCUAGAGAAGAACAUAAAUCUAGACCGAAUGGUAAAUCUGAGCAAGUAAAGAGGGCUAAUGACAUACCUAAACCAGGAAAGAAAACUAAUGAUAAGCCUAAAGAAAAGCAAGCGAAUAAGGCUAAAGACAAGCAAGCUGACAAGCCUGAGCAAAGUAAGAAAUCCAAUGAAAAAGUUGUUAAAGACAAGAAAUCUGGUGAUAAACUGACUACACAAGGAAAGGAACAUAGUCAAACCCAUGUUGUUAUGGAUGGGCGUGGUGAUGAAGAAAACAAAAGCUUGAAAUCAAAAGAACCUCCUAAAAAGUCCAAGUCAAAGAAAGGUAAAGAAUCUGCUAAAUCUCCAGAACCAUCAUCUUCACGCAAGAAUAACAUACCGAAUGGUAAUGAACUUGUUCUUCCUCCAUCAAUUACUAAAUAUAAUCCUGCAAGUGAACCUAAACUCACUUAUGAUUCUUUGCACGAAUAUUAUCGAGAAAUGAGUUUCAACAUGUUCUUGGAAGAUCAACUUACCAACAUUCUGAAUAUAAUUGAGUCCGAGUAUAUCAUGAUUGAAUGGUAUGAAGAUCCAGACAAGAGAAACACCCAAUAUAAACUAAGCGUUCUUCUGGACUCAGAUAUUGUCAAUAAUUUCCGUUCUGAGGUUUUCAAAAAAUUAAAGAAGAACCCAUUCCUGAUUGGGCAAUCUAUAUUCUUGAUUUUAAACGACGAAAUUCCUUGGUAUGGUUGUAUAUCGGCCGUUGAUGAGGUUUCUAGUAAGAACGUAAAGAGAGGCAGACGUACAAAGAAAGAUGUUAUUGAAGUGGUGGUGACCUUGUAUGAUUGGAAUAAUCAGCCAUUGCCUAAAACUGUUCAUGCCCAACAUUUGAAAGUCAUGCCUGCUUCUGUACCAGUUAGUCGUGUUUUGAAUGCUAUGGAUAGUCUUUCCAAUAACAAUUUCAUCAAGAUGCUUUUAGGAAAAGAACCAAUUAGACAAAUUGUGUUUAAGAAUUUCUUGAGGUAUACUAGGGAUACAUUAAAUGAUUCUCAAAAGCAAGCUAUUCAAUCUAUCUUUAACAAUGCAAUUACAGUAUUGCAAGGUCCUCCUGGUACUGGUAAGACAUCCACCAUUUUUGAAAUCAUUUUGCAAUUAUUGGAUUCCUUAAACACAUACCCGAUCCUCGUUGUUGCGCCUUCCAAUAUUGCCAUUGACAAUAUUGCUGAAAAGUUGAUGCCAACUCAUGAAAAAGAUCUUUUAAGAGUUGUGGCCUCAGAAAAAGAACGAGAAUACAAUAAGAGUCAUCAUUUAUCUUCAAUUUGCUUGCACCAUAAGAUUUACGAGGGAUUAUCGACAAGAUCUCAGACAAUAGUAGACGAAAUUAAACGUGGUAAGCCAAGUGUGGGAACUACUGGAUACAAGAAAUUCGUACAAGAGCGAUUUCAAGUCACCAAGAAGAUGGUUGCUCAAGCUAAAGUUAUCUUCACAACUACUGUGGUUGCCGGAUCUGGACAAUUGAAAAGUAUUUCAAAAUGCCCCGUGGUUAUCAUGGAUGAAGCUACCCAAUCUUCUGAACCAACCACUUUGAUUCCGUUGUCUGUUCCUGGAGUUGAUAAGUUUGUGUUUGUUGGUGAUCAGAAACAAUUGAAUUGUUUCUCUUUAGUUCCUGGAUUGUCAUUAUCAUUAUUUGAAAGGGUAUUGCUUAAUGGAACGUAUAAGACACCUCAUAUGUUGGACACGCAAUAUCGUAUGCACCCUACUAUCAGUGAAUUUGCCAGAAAUAGAUUCUAUGGCGGAUUAUUAAAAGAUGGUAUAACAGCCGAAGAUCGUAAAAUGGAAGGAAUUCCUGAGAACCCGGUUUAUUUCUGGAACACGAACGGAAAAGCUCGUGAAAAGUCCGUGCAUAAUUGGUUACGUGAAGAUCGAGGAUUCACUUAUACCAACCCUGGUGAAAUUAACUAUGUUAUUCAAGUAGUGAAGAAUUUGAUUAUUGAAAAGGGAAUCAAGCGCGAAGAUAUCGGGAUUAUCACUCCUUAUAGUGGUCAGCGAGAUUUAAUCUCGUCCAUUCUAGUAAAGGAUGACAUUAUCAAUCCACAAAGUGAAGAGCUUAGAAUUGAAGUUGAUAUCGAUGAUAUCAAAAAUGAUUCUAAACCAGUGACAAUUCAUAUCGUGUCAGGAAUAUUAAUUGCUUCAAUUGACGCUUUCCAAGGUCGUGAAAAGAAUUUCAUGGUUAUGUCAUGUGUAAGAUCGAAUGUUGAGGGCAAAAUUGGUUUCCUUAGAGAUGAAAGAAGAUUGAAUGUUGCUCUUACAAGAGCAAAGUAUGGUAUGGUUAUUAUUGGGGAUGAAAAUUGUUUAAGAAGUGGUGAUAAAUUGUGGAAUUCAUAUAUGGAUCAUUUGAAGGAUAAGAAUUCAAUUCAUCUGUCUGAUACUUUUGUAUAUUAA